GCCGCUAGGCCGGCUCCGGGUCCACGUUUCCGCUGUGCGCAGGGUCCGUGUGCGCCCCGCCCUCAGCUCUGUGCUAGCCAAUCGCAACUCGGGGGCAGGCCCUGGCACUAUAUAAACGAACCCGGCGGGCGGAUAAGCCUUUUCGAGGGUGGCGACUGAUUGAGUGUGUUCUGGUAGGCGUUGGUAUCGGGCUGUUGUUCCUGGGGAGCGGGGACGGUGCCUGUGGACCCUCCUUUUCUUGGCGCGGGUCGGGCGUGCAGUCCCGAUCCGCGUAAUGUACGGAGGUAGAGGGAACGGGCUCUGGCCCCCUCGGCGUCAUGUCUUCGGUAUCGGCGGCCAGCAGUCCGCCGGUUCUAUCCUCAAGCGCCGGGACACAGAGCUCCAAGGAGCAGGGCAGAACCGAGGUUCAGCAGACUCCUCCCGGGGGUACUCACACCUUCUCCUUUGAUUUCAGCUGUAGGGUUAGGAAAGCUUUACGCGUCAUUCCACACAGCGGAUUUUGCAAAUCUUCACUUGGAUCUCAGGCCCCAGCCGGAGUACGGGCGACAUUUUCACGCAAGUUUCUCUGGGCGACCUUGCCGGCACCUCCGGAUGGCUGCUUUGCGCCGAACCCUCCAUCUGGCGAGCCUGGCGGCGGGGACGCGCCGCACCGUGGCGGGUUCCCUGGCUGGUAGCUGCCUGGCGGACCGCUCCCUCUGGGAUAAGCUCCACGCCCAACAGCGUCAGGGCAGCGUCCGCACCUUCGACUGGUUCUUUGGAUACGAAGAAGCCCAGGGGCUCCUGCUGCCGCUGUUGGAGAAGUCAUGGGCUGCCUCUCCACCCCGGGUGUUGGACGUGGGCUGUGGGACCUCCAGCUUGUGUACAGGCCUCUAUACCAAAUGCCCGCACCCCGUGGACCUGUUGGGGGUGGACUUCUCUCCCGUAGCUGUGGCCCACAUGAACAGUCUACUGGAAGGUGGCCAAGGCCAAACACCCCUGUGCCCUGGACACCCUGAGUCAAGCCUCCAUUUCAUGCAGGCUGAUGGCCAGAAUCUGCAGCCAGUGGCUUCCUCGGGCUCCUUUCAGCUAGUACUGGACAAGGGCACCUGGGAUGCUGUUGCCCGGGGUGGUCUGCCUGGGGCUUACCAGCUCCUGGCAGAAUGUCUGAGGGUCCUAAGCCCCCAGGGGACCCUGAUUCAGUUCUCAGAUGAGGAUCCUGAUGUGCGGCUCCCCUGCCUAGAGAAAGGGUCCCAGGGCUGGACUGUGACUGUACAGGAGCUGGGCCCUUUCAGGGGCAUCACCUACUUUGCUUACAUGGUUCAAGGCUCUGACUAAAGAUGUUUUAGACCUGAUCUGAGUGUUUUCCGUUGGGUGAGGAGGUGGAGGAAACUUUUGUCUUUGCAAGAUGACUGGAAAAUUUGGGUGCUGGUUUCCACAUUUAUUAGAUGGGUGCACCUGGUACUGAAUAUUUCUGUGCCCCAUUUACUCACCUGCAAGGCUGGAAUAAUACCUGAAGUUAUGUGAUUACAUGCAAUUGACAGGUGAAACAUUUAGCAGUGCCAGGCACAAAAUGAGUGCUAAAUAGAAAACGUACAAGUGGAUUCUUUCCCAUCUCCAACUAGUUGAAAUCUUAAAAGCACAGAUGAGAAUUCUUCCAGAUUCCUUGACUAUCACUGGUGUGACCCUGGGGUCUAACCUUUAAGCCCCAUUUUUCUCACUUGUAGAUGAGGAAGACUGAAGGGAUGGAUGGAAGGACUUCAAAAACCUAGGUAAAAUGUUUGAGGGAGAAAGUGAUACUUACCCUCACAGCUCCUGGGAGGCAGGAAAUGGGAAUAUUCCACAAAGCAGCUUUUGCAGACAUGGGAGCUUGAUGGUGGGUCCCAGAGAGGACAGGGAUUGGGGGCUUCCUGACAGUCUGUGUCCUCUGGGAUCCAGGAAGCAUCUUGAUCUACCCGUUCCUGCCCCCAGCUGAGUUCUGGGUUAAAGGUUCUUAAGGGAGACUUAGGGUCCAGGGAGCUCCAAGUCCAGCCUGGGAGUUAAAGAACCCAUUAACAAUGAAAAAUACAUAAUAAAAGAACAGAGAAAAAUAUACCUGGUACCUGACUGGGUUUUGUUGUUGUUGUUGUUUUUGAGGUAAAUUUGUUUAAUUCUUUUUGCUUAUAAAAAUAAUACAGCAAUUGAAAUGAAGAGCCUAACUCUCCCACAAGCUGUGUGGCAUGGUGGGCAAAAAUAAAAAAUAAAAAAAAUUCAUCAA